AGGCUUGCUUUGUGGCCGCGUGGCACAGGAAACAUGCCAGACAGUGUCCAAAUGGAGAAACCAUCAAAAAGGAGAUGUUGGAAAAGGCAGGUGGUCCUCAAGCCAUGACGAAAAACGGCGCCAAAUUUCUGAUGGCCGUGGCCGUGUCCAAAGUCUUCGAGGCUGAGACACUGGAGGCACCGAAGGCGCCCAAUGCGCCCGAGGCGCCCGAGGCCGUGGAGGCGUUGGUCAACGCAACGCUGCUGCCACGGGUGCCGGUGGAAGACGACACCGGUGGCAACGCCGGGGCGCUGUUGGCGGAGUGUGCUGAAUUGCGGAGAGCACGGGAAGGGGUGGAGGAGUUGAAUUCGCAGCUGCAAGCCAAAGUGGAGAAGUUGGAUCGCGAUUCUUCGGAUACGUCGGAGCGCUUACAACGGGCUCUGCGCGAGGUGUCGCGGCUAGAGAAGCAGCUCCAAGAAGUUGCAACAGCCGCAGGAUCUGCAGGUGAUGCACAACAGCUGCAGGCUGAACUUGCCACAUUGCGGGUGGAGAAGACAGACAUGUGGCGCGACAUCGCCGGGCUCCGGGCCGAGAACAACGACUUGAAGGACGACCUGGGCGAUGCCAAGAAGGCGCUGCGCCAGGCGGAGGAAACGAGUCGAAAUGCCUUGGAAAGGGCGGAGGUGGCGGAGGAAAAGGUGAAGUCCAGUGGCCAAGACGAGGUGAAACAGCUCCGGGAGGAAUUGAAAGAAAGGGAAGCGAAGGAGAUGCAAUUGGAAUCGGAUGUUGCAAAGUUACAACAUCAGCACGAGGAAUCUGAGACUCUUUGCGCUUCCCUGCAGCGGACAGAAGAUUCUGCGAAGGAAGCGUUGGAGCAGAGGUCGGAGGAACUUGCCAGGGUAAAUGCGGAGAAGCUGCGCCUGCGGGAAGAGGGCGAAGAGUGCCGCCAGGAGUUGCAGAAGGCCCAGCUUCAGCAGCGCCAGCUGGGGGAGGACCUGGCCAUGCUGCUGCAGGAGCUGCAGGAGAAGGCCGAGAGCCUUCGAGGCUCUGAGCAAAGGUGCCAAGAGUCCGAGCUGCGCAGUGUGAAUCUUACCCGUGAGCUGCAGAUGAGCCAAGAGGAAAGCCAGCAGUUGCAGGAGGAAAGGGGGAAGCUGAUGGCUGAUGUCCAGGUUGCAGAACGCAAGAACCAACAGCUAGGAGAGGAGAACCAGAAACUGCAAGUCCAGCUCAAAUCCUCAGCUGAAGAGUGCGCGCAGUGUGAGAUGAAAGUUUCGAGCCUGGCAGAACAGUUGCAAGAGACACGGAUAGAGAUGGUGGAGGAGUCUAGAAAGUCAGAAGAACAGCGCCUGACGUUGCAACAGCAGAUGCAGCAACUGAGCCAGGACCUGCGAGCUGUGGAACGGCAGAACGAGCUCCAGGACGAGUCGUUGCAGAAGGUCCAGGGCGAGUUGGUUGCUGAGAGGAGCAGCACGCAGGA